UCGGCAUAUAUACAUCUCAGAUUAAUUCCACUGCAUCAAGGCGUUGGCCAUGGCUGAGGAGUGGUGGAGCUCGGCGAGCACCGGCGGCGUCCAAGCGUCGGCGUGCUUCAUGACAUCGCCGGCCACCACCGAAUCAGGAACUACCAGGCUGCCGGCGGCGAAUACGAUGAGCUCCCAGCUGCAGCCUGGUCUACCAGACUCCGCCGCGGCCGCCUCGUCGUUCUUCCUAGACGAUCCUCACACGGACUGGACGCAAUCCUUGAUGGGCGGGAGAAUAGCGGCAUCCGAGGCCCCGACGAGCUUCAACGCGCUGCUCCACCUCCAGGGCGACGCCAGCCGCCAACUCCUGCUCGACCAGGCGCAGGCAGCGCCUCCCGUGCCGCCGCCGGCAGUGUACGCGGACAGCCACUACUUCUCCAGUUUGGACAGUAGCUACGGUGACACGCCGGCGAUCUGCUCGCAGCUGCUGCUCAAAAGCUCGGUACCCUCUGUGGAGCAGCAGGGACAGCAGCAGUUCCCGAGCUUCUUCAGCUCAUCGGGGCUCUUUGGUGAUGCGCCGGCUCAGGGUCAGGGGUCACCGCCGCUUCUGUUGCAGACUCAAAAGCCUAAACCCCUCAAGUCCAAUACUGCAACUGAACCUGCGGUUCAGGACGCAUUCUCGUCGUCGGCCACGAGGAGAAGUUCCCCUGCGGCAGCGAAGAAGCCCCGGAUCGACACGCCGUCCCCGAUGCCGACUUUCAAGGUGAGGAAAGAGAAGCUCGGGGACAGAAUCACCGCGCUCCAGCAACUCGUCUCGCCUUUUGGAAAGACUGAUACGGCAUCGGUUCUUCACGAGGCCAUCGGAUACAUCAAGUUCCUUCACGAUCAAGUUGCUUCUCUGAGCUCUCCGUACUUCAUCAGGUCUGGCCGUGCCAUGCAGGGUCAGCGCCAGCAGAGUUCCGAUAAUGACGGCGGGGAGGCGAAGGAGGACCUGCGGAGCCGAGGCCUGUGCCUCAUCCCAGUAGCGAGCACUUAUGCGGUAGCGAAUGAGACGGCGCCCGAGUUCUGGCAUCCUACCUUCGGAGGCACAUUUCGAUAGACUGGCCGGCAAGUAGUAUCUGGUAGCAUAUUAUAGCAAGCUAGGCCUAGGCAUUUAUACAUGCGUGUGUGCUUGUUAAGCAAUAUAUACUCAUGCCAUACCAGCAGUAAAACACAAUGUUGAAGCAAGAGCAAACAUGCUUUAAGCAAUCAGCAAUGUGUGUCGUCAAAGUGAACCCAUGCGUGUGUAUAAUGCACCGAAGGAAAGCAAGAGCAAUAAAGAAAAUAAGUUGGGAGGGAG